CUUCUCUCUUCUACAACAGACUCCCUUCCACAGUGCUGGGCUCAGGCUUCAUGGUCCAGCAAGAUCUCAUCUUCGUUAAUGCGCUUCACUGACCAACCAAAAUACAGAGAACCGCGUUGUGCAGAUCUUCUUCGCCCAACAGUCCAUGACCACUGGCUGCAAGAUGCCGGAGUAUCCCCGAUCCCACCGGUAGUCGAUAGUUCCUAAUCAACCAACAUUAUGAAGCGCUCUUCACAUGAUGCCAAUAUCGAUGAGGUUCCACCCCAACAUAGCCGACGGCCCUCCCUUAUUCCCGAUGGCCGAACAUCUGCCCCCAAGAUCUCCAAAGCUCGCGCUUGUGCCGAAUGUAAGCGACAUAAGAUACGUUGCGAAUUCAAAGCAGGGGAAGCGAGCUGCACGAAAUGCACCCGUAGCGGCAUCAAAUGCAUGGUCAAUGACUUUUCCCAGAAAUUCGUCGACGAUGAUGUGAUGUGGAAGUCGCAAGCGGCAACCACGAUCCGACAGCUGCAGGCGGCUGUCUCGCAUCUGCUCCGUGAGGGAGGGCUUCCCGGACUCUCAUCCUUCUCGGGCGGUGACAACCAGAGUGGUACCAGCCCUGCUGAUUCUCACUCUGACCUGCAGCCCUCAUUUGCUGGAUCGCCCGCAGCCAAGCAGUCGGCCGAGCCCGGUGUCGUGAUGGACGUUACACGAGAGCCAUCCCAGGAACCUGACCUUCAAGAUCGCGAACUAGUACCAGCACCCAUGCGGAGUCUGUACGAAGUCACGAAACUGCGCAACCUGCGCAACAACCCUAUCGAACAGCCUCGGGUUACACUUCUUGAGGAGGACUUCAUUUCUCGCGGACUGAUUUCCAUCCACGAGGCCGAGGAGCUCUUUGCGUACUUCAGUAGGACCAUGAAUCAGCUGCUGUGGGGUGGGAUUAUCCUUGUGCAUCGCGAUCUCACUUCCGUCCGGCGGGCUUCCACCCUGCUCUGCGCCGCUGUCCUUACGGUUGCAGCACUGCAUAUUCCCAACCGGACCGAGACGCUGAACCGGUGUUACAGCGAGUAUGUGUCGCUGGUGUCGAGUAUGUCGCUGACACGGUCUCACACUUUGGAUGACAUCCGCGCUCUCUGUAUUGGUGCCUUUUGGCUGUCAGAGUUGAGUUGGAAGCUGUCCGGUCACGCGGUGCGCAUCGCAACCGAACUAGGUCUGCAUCAAAGCUACCACAAGAUGCUGCGUGGUCACAACGACCAAUACGAGCGUGCCCAGCUCUGGUACCUCAUGUAUGUGUGCGAUCAUCACUUCAGUAUCGCCUACGGCCGUCCACCCGUAAUUCAUGAAGACGCCGCUAUCCGGAACUAUGAGACAUUUCUACAAUCGCCGUUGGUGGUGCCAGGAGAUAUUCGACUUAUGGCACAGGUGGCGCUUUUCAUGAUCCUGACAGAAGCUUACAGGACUUUUGGCAGUGAUGGCGAGCAACCAUUUACAGAGAAGGAUUUUGGUCAGUUACGCGUGUUCAAUGUGGCUAUUGACCAAUGGCGGCUCCUGUGGCAGCCCCGAUCUGGUGACAGCCCCUAUGUCCGGACAUAUCCGUCCAAGGGAGUGGUCCUUCACUACCACUUUGCCAAAUUCCAGCUGAAUUCGCUGUCCUUGCGGGCCUUAUCUCCAAUCAACACUCCAGUAUUUUCGAUGGACCGCAAAGAGUCCGCGAACACGGCGAUCGCUUCUGCCAUGGCAUGCCUCAAUAUGGUUCUAGAGGAACCCGACAUCCGAGAUGCGAUAGUCGGGGUCCCUAUAUUCACGCACACGAUGGUCACAUUCUCCGCCGUAUUCCUCCUGAAGGUCGCUAUCAACUGGAACUCAGCCUACCUCAGUCUCGAUGGCCGCCAAGUCCGUCGGCUAGUGGAGCGGGUAAUCGAGCUUCUCAAUUGUGUCUCCGCGGGCGAGAGACAUCUGACCAGGCAUAUCGCCCGUGGACUUGGCAAGAUGCUGGAGCGGUUUGAUACGUGGGACUCGUGGCAUGCGAGCAGCACGUCUGUGGCCGACCCUGCGGCCACCGAUGCACACGGCGGCGAUGUACCGGGCGGCGCGAAUGCCAUGGCCCAGGGGUUUCCGCCGCCGGAUCUGAUUUAUGACAUGGUUGGCACGUACGGGUUUGGACUGGAUGAGAACUUUUUGGAUCCUAGCAUGGCGAGUUUCGAAUUUCUGGCGCAGUAGGCGAGCUGUACAUAGGCCUUAGGCUUCUCAUGGUGAGAGUCAUCC